AUGACAGUCAAACUCGAAAGCAUAUGGUCUGAGUCAAAGAAAGUGGUUUCCUUUCACAUCACUCUCAGUUCCAAUCUUGUGUUUCUCUUCUUCACUUCACAAACCACUCCAGCCAAGGGUUUCCGAUCAAAGAAUCAAGAACCCUCCAAAUAUUCCGAGAAUGUCAACCCUAACAGUAAUACCACUCCAUUUUCCAAACCCUUAUCCAAUCCUUGUGGUUCUUCUUCUUCUCCUUCUCCUUCACCUGUUGUGAAGAAAUCGUGUUCCAAGUCACAGAAGAAGCCACAAUCCUCGGCAGCAAAGGAGGGUGUUGUGAAUUCCGUGAAUUCCGUUCAGAAGAACAAGAUCAGGCAGAGGAAGUUCGUUGUUGCAAAGAAGAAUAAGAACAAGAAGUUCGAAGGGAGUGGUGGUGAUGGUGAUCAGGGUUCAAACUCAACGCUGUCGUUUUGUAAGUGCAAAGAGAGCAACAAGAACAACAAGUGUCUUUGUGUGGCUUACCAGAAUCUCAGGAAGUCACAGGAAGAGUUCUUCAAGAACAAGCAAGCACAAGAACAAGAGCAAGAUCAAGAAGAUGGAGCUGCUGAGAUUGAGAGAGUGAUCAUUGAAGAAGAACAACGACAACAACAAGAAGCCAUAGGAGAGGAUUGUGUCUUCAUCUUGGGAGCUAACGGAGCCUCACCGUCCCACUUGCUCAACGCUGCCCCAGCCCCCGCCGUGGAUUGCUCCUCCCUGGUUCUAACCAUGGCGGAUUGCUUGUCCUUCGUCACCAAUGGCAGCACCACCACCAAGCCGGAAGGUAACUGCUGCUCCGGGCUCAAAUCGGUUCUGAAAACGGCGCCUCAAUGUCUGUGUGAAGCCUUCAAGAGCAGCGGUCAGUUCGGCGUCGUUCUCAAUGUCACCAAGGCCCUCGCUCUCCCCGCUGCAUGCAAAGUCUCCGCCCCUUCCGCUUCCAACUGUGGAUUGUCUGAAACACCUGCCGCCGCUCCUGGUAUUGUAUCUAACAGGACUUCUAAUGGAGGUAGAAGAAGCAGAAGAAAUAGUUUGGAAUCAACUAGCACCUUUGGGGGAAGCAGGUGGAAGAAGAAGCAGCAGCUGAGAGUCACCAGCCAAAAACCAUUCAAGCUAAGAACUGAGGAAAGGGGGAAGGUGAAAGAGGAAGAAUUUGUGAAGAAGAUACAUGAAAUGAUGACAGAGGAAGAGAAGCAAAGGAUACCAAUACCCCAAGGGCUUCCAUGGACAACAGAUGAACCUGAGUGUUUGGUAAAGCCUCCUGUCAAAGAAAUCACACAGCCGAUUGACCUGCAGCUUCACAGUGAUGUGCGGGCAAUGGAUCGUGCUGAGUUUGAUCAUCAGGUUGCAGAAAAAUUGAGUUUGAUAGAGCAGUACAAAUUGGAGAAGGAGAGGCAACAAAAGGUACUAUAUUACUAUAUUCAGAUAACUCCUGUGCUAAUCUACCAUUGACAUCAUCGCCAUCCCCUACGGUGCUGCCGUUACCGACUUACCGACGCCGCAAUGGGCUUCUUCCUUUAUUGUUCUGAGAUCACUAAUCGUUAUGAUCCCCACCCACAGUCCUAACCGUAGCUACUCGAAUGUAUCGUCUGAGAGCACAAUGAUGGCGACGACGCCGGUGGGAUUCUGGGGACUCUGAACAAGUGACGCUCUUUGGAACCUCAAGAACCUGGUUGAUACAUUCUCCUCCUCCUCCGAGAUCUCAACCGGCGCACCCUCAUGUAUUUUUGUCUCUUUCAUUUGAUGAAGAUCUUGGGAUGUAAUUGCAGUGAUUCCGCACAGAAGAAGAACGGUGAAUUAUAUAUGAAGUGCUCUAAUAGUUGUAAUAGGAGUUGAUUUUUGUCAAAGUGCUCAUCAAAUUAUAGUUAAUUCAAUUUCCUAUUUUAUACUUCAUUGAUUUUUCUUUUUUGGACAGAGUUCAAGCCCAAGAGCCCAACGAAGGAAAUAAAGAAAUGAGGUUAGGAAGAAGAAGAGGUGAGGAAGACAGAAAACAAGCUAUGGCUUCUGAUUCUUCACCCAUCAACAACGGUCCUUCAUCUCCAACAAUUCCCCUUCAAGCUCAACCGGCAACACCUUCUCCUCCCUUGGAGAUGCUUCUCGCCGCAAUCAUCGUCGUUGAACUCUUCCAUGCCGUCCGCCUUCGAUACCCCGCCAGUGCAUUGUUUCCGGUUUGCCGCAGCCACUGAUGCUCCACCUACUCCAAUGUGAUUCAGAGGCUCCUGAAGGAUUAUUCUCCGGUAGAGAAAUUAUCGAUUCCGACACAAAGUUUCAUGAGUUUUGUGAGGAGUUCUAUCGGUCUGUGAAGAACAGGGGAGUGGCAAAUUCGGGGAUUGAUGAGGCUGAAAGUUGAAGACCAAGGUAUGGUGGGUUAAUUCUAUCAUUGAUUUCCUUUUAUGAUCUUUUCCUUUUAUUCAAAAUCAAUAUCUCUGGAGCUUUAUAUUUCUAUACAAAAAAUUAACAGAAGAUAGCUAACAAUUUUUUCUGGGUUAACUGCAUUUUCUUUUCUCUACCAAUUGAAUCUAAUUUGCUAUGGUUAUUGUGGCUUGUGUUUUGCUUUUACAUAAAUAUUAGGAAUUAUGUUGGAUUAUUUAUCAGAGGUAUUACCAUAUUAAUCAUUCUUGCAUGGCUUUAUAUCAAGAAUUAUGAGGAAUCUAUUAGUUUUCUUUCAAAUGCCUUCUCUGACAUCGAUAUCAAUGUAUCAAUAUCUAUUAUUAGAUACUAGAGAUUACAGAUUAAAUACAGUUGGAUAUAAGUUUUGUGUCUUGGAAGGUAAUUUUCUUUUAUUUAAGUGAAAGAGCUAAAUCAGAUCAUGGGUUAAAGGUCAUUUCAUUUAUUUAAAUAUGCUAAUAUAUCACAUUAAUUGAGAUAAGUAUAUAUGAAUAGUGUACUUUCCUCUUGAAUGAGAAUGAGAAUAUCAUACCCAGUAUCUCAUCAGCUAUGGCUAAGUGAAUAGCCUUUUGAAAUUUUUAGUGGUUUGUCAACUAUAGUUUAGGAGGUUAGGACAGUUAAGGUAGGUAGUUUUUCUCUAUAGAUACAAGUUCAUUUUGAUAGAAAGUAACCUUGAAAAUUGUGUAGUUGAUGUGAUUGGUUAGGUACACGUUUGUUGAAUUUUAUUAUUGUUAUGGUCUUUGGUGUGAGACAGAAUUCUUUUCAUGUGAUUUCAAGCAUGUAUGCUAUUUAUUAGGUUAUGCAAAGUUGUUUUAGAUGCAUUAGGAGAAUGUCUUCAUUCAUUCUUUUCAUAUUGUACUUCACUUUUUCUCUCUCUGUUUGACUGAGAAAAGAGUUUCAUCCUUCUCUUCUCCUUAUUUUUAUAAAAAUAUUAAAGAAGAAUGUAAUAUGGUUCUGUCAUAUUCUCCUAUUGUUUUCUUUAAUUUCAGCUCCCUCUUUGUAAUUUUAUUCAAUUUCUCGAAAUUUCAUCAUGUUUUGGUGCUUUGGGAUCUGUAUUCGGGAGCCAUGCAUAGAUGACUUUGUGAUUCCCACAACUUCAUUGAUUUAUUGCUACAAUCAUGUGAUUUUGAUAUGAAUGUGGUUUAUAUGUUCAUUUUCAUUUAUGAAUAAUGUAGUUCCUUCAUAUCAUCAUAUGUUUUACUAUCUAUCUGUUCAAAAUCAGUUCUUUUAUAUAUCCUAUGUUUUUCUUGAUAAUUAUGGUUGGAUUAGGAUUAUUGUUAUAAGGUUGUUGGUUUUACACAUUGUCAUGCUGAUAUCAUUAGUAUAUAUGUAUUAUGGUGUUUAGGGUAUAAGCUUCUUAGUUAAUUCAGUUUCUCAUUUUAUAGUUCAUUGGUUAGUUUUGAGUGGUAAUUAGACAAAUUUCGUGUUCUUUUAUUCUUAGUAAUUUGGAACUAAUAGUUGUGAUGGGAGUUGGUUUUUGUCAAAGUGCUCAUCAAAUUAUAGUUAAUUCAAUUUCUCAUUUUAUACUUCAUUGAUCAGUUUUGAGUGGUAACUAGACAAAUUUAAUGGUUCUUUUUUAGUAAUUUAGAUCUAAUAGUUGUGAUGGGAGUUGGUUUUUGUUAAAGUGCUCAUUAAAUCAUAGUAUGUAUAGAUUGUUUCUCAAUCAGUUCUAGGGAGGUGAGGUUGUAUUUUUAUUAUUAUAUGCUUCAAAUUGUUGAAAAUAUAAUGUGAAUUCCAUUCUUCUGAAGUUAUGAUGGGAUGUUAGUUUGAAUGAUGUUAUUUGUGAUCUCAUCUCAUUCUUUUAUACAUGAUUCUGAUGUCAGUCAAAGUUGUUGCUUCCUCAUUUUAUUUUGUCACUUUCGAAGUUAUGAUGGGAUGUUGGUUUUUGAAUUUUUCUUCAAAAACAAAAGAUGGAUUGGAUGUGGUUAGGUGGGGAAAGUGAUUCUCUUCCCUGUUUUUCAGUGUACCCUCACAUGAAAAAUCAGAUUUUGGUGGUUUGGUGGGAGAAAUGACAUCAUCUUCUAUAACAAAUAGUACUAUCUUUUAUUAUUCUAUCAAAAAAGUUAUUUGGUUAAUGAGAGUAGGUAUCGUUACUUGUGACUAACUCUCCUUUGUCAUUUGUUGCAAAUC